ACUAAACUUAUGUCUUUUUCUCUCUCUCUUAUUCUUGUUCCUAUCCCUUAGGCUAUUCGUGGUUGCUCUGCUUCAACUUUCCAAUACCCUUCACGAGAAGCCAUGACUAAUGGUAAAGAUUUUCUUAGCAAAGUUAAGGAAACAAGUUUGGAAAUAUAUUUUAGGUGUGGGCUUUCAUCAUGGAUAGUUCUCAGGAAAAGGUUGGUCUAGGCUCUACUGCAGCUUCUGCAGAAACUGGAAAAGGGAAGAGCAAGAUAUCAAAGCAUGUUACACAUGGCUAUGACACGGCGAAGGGAAAAUCGGCUCAUCCGAUGGAGGAUUACGUUUUUGCAGAAUUUAAGCAGGUGGAUGAUAAUGAGCUUGGUCUCUUUGCUAUAUUUGAUGGUCAUGUGAGCCAAGAGGUUCCUGAUUAUCUGAGAUCCAAUUUAUUCAACAACAUAUUGAAAGAGCCCGAUUUUUGGAAUGAGACUGAGAAUGCUGUCAGAAGAGCUUAUCAGAUAACUGACGAGAAAAUUUUGAAAAAAUCAGCUGACUUAGGAAAAGGAGGCUCGACUGCAGUUACAGCAAUUCUUAUUAAUUGUCAAAAACUAGUGGUGGCGAACAUUGGGGACUCGAGGGCAGUAAUAUGCCGAAAUGGAAAGGCUAAACAGCUAUCAGUCGACCAUGAACCAGAUGGAGAAAGGAAGGAUAUUGAAGAUCGGGGUGGUUUUGUCACCAAGUUUCCAGGGGACGUGGCACGUGUUGACGGGCAAUUGGCAGUGGCAAGAGCAUUUGGUGACAAGACCAUAAAGGAUCAUCUUAGUUCAGAACCGCAUGUAACCGUUGAGAUGAUAGAUGACGAUACUGAGUUUGUUAUUUUGGCUAGCGAUGGGAUCUGGCAUGUAAUGAACAAUCAAGAAGCGGUGGACUGCGUUAAGGAUGUGAAGGAAGCUCGUGCCGCUGCAAAAGCUUUGAUUGAGGAAGCUCUAAAAAGGAACAGUACUGAUGACAUUUCAGUGGUAGUUGUGAGGCUUCAGAUGUAAAUGUUAUGGAAGAUCACAUCUGCUGCGUGAAUUGUAAGGUUUAAAUCUUGUCAUUUAUACUUGUUUGAAGAUGGAAAGAGUGUUUCUUAGCUGCUGCUUGUGAACCAGUAGAAUCCUUCCUGUUUUGCAUUAGUUUUUACUAAUCAUAUUGCAUCAAGUUCAGCAAAAUAUGGAAGCAUUUUAGCUUUAUGAUCAAUAAAAUUAAAUUUUCAAA